UUCGGCCCAUUUGAGGUAACGUUACGUUUGUGAGGUUCUUGGAGAGUGGCGGAGGCGCCGGUACGCCAGCCUCUUACGGGCUUGUGUGAGUGUGAUGUCACUUAAGUAAAGCUGGUGUAAUCCUGUAAGGGAGGAUGAGUAUACAGACAUGUGAUGGCCCACUUGUUUCUUGGGUGGAGGGUGAUGGAGGGGAGGCUGGCAGGCAUUACCAAACAGAUGGAGAGGCUUUGUAAUGUGGGGGCGUGUAACUGAUUAGACACAACAUUUAUUGACGCUCCCUUUGAUGGUUUUUCACCUUGAUUCUGUUUCUAAUCAAAGUCAAGUGAAGCCAAAGUCACAUCCGGAUUUUACCGGGUUUAAGUCUCGGUCAGUCGGACAUUUUUUCGCGCAUGUCCAGCGCGGACACUCUGGACAUCGUACUCAAUUAGAGGACUUCCUGUCCUCCCCUCACCCCCCUCUUCUAGAUUAAAUCCAUUACACCACACUUACCGACUGCACACUUUGUCCUCCGGAAGGACGACGCGUGUUCUCUAAGUUAGGAUAGUUUGCUUGCUGAAAAUUACAUCUCAAGGCGCUGUAACUCUGGAGCCUUUGAUGGGUGGAGAUGAGCGCCACCAGCAGCACCAGACUGAACCCCAGUCCGAACUUACUGCAAGUGAACGAGCCCAAGCGCUAUGGCUCCACGCUGUCGCUGGAGGAAAAGUGUGAACAGUCUUUCUUCCUUUUUUACUACUACAGGAUGGAGGAUGAGGCGGUGCUGGACCGCGGGGCAUCCUUACUCAAGCACCUUUGUGAUGAAGAGGAAGUAGAAGGUCACCACACCAUUUACAUCGGCGUGCACGUGCCCAAGAGCUAUCGACGUCGGAGGCGUCACCGCCGGAAAACCGGCCACAAGGACAGAAAGGAGAAGUUGAUGGAGAAUGUCUUUGACAAGUCGGAGACAGAAAACAACGACGAGGCCAGCAACAGCAUCCUCAAACCUCUCAUCUCACCAGCAGCAGAGAGGAUUCGCUUCAUCCUAGGUGAGGACGACGAUGGCCCGGCACCCCCACAGCUCUUCACUGAGUUGGAUGAGCUCCUGUCAGUGGACGGACAGGAGAUGGAGUGGAAGGAGACGGCCAGGUGGAUCAAGUUUGAGGAGAAGGUGGAGAAAGGUGGAGAACGCUGGAGUAAACCUCAUGUGGCGACGCUGUCCUUACACAGCCUAUUUGAACUGAGGACAUGUAUAGAAAAAGGAACCAUCAUGCUGGACCUGGAAGCUUCCACGCUACCUCAGGUUGUUGAGAUGAUCACUGACAACCAGAUAGAGAUCGGCCAGCUGAAGGCCGAACUUAAGGACAAGGUGAUGUACACGUUGCUGCGGAAACAUCGCCACCAGACCAAGAAGUCCAACCUGCGCUCUCUGGCUGACAUCGGGAAGACGGUGUCCAGUGCAAGUAGGCUGUUUUCCACCCCGGAAAAUGCCCGCAGUCCUCUCGAGAACUCUGUGACUUGCCUGUCAGGUCGCAUCUCAAUGGAGGACUUGCAGACCCAAAGGAGUUCCAGUAUGGACUGGCUCAAUAGUCCCACCACAACUCCCAGGAACCUGACAUCCACCAGCCUGAAUGACGUCUCUGACAAACCGGAGAAAGACCAGCUGAAGAACAAAUUCAUGAAGAAGUUGCCAAGAGACGCAGAAGCCUCCAACGUGCUGGUGGGGGAGGUGGACUUCCUGGACGCGCCCUUUGUGGCGUUUGUUCGUCUGCAGCAGGCCGUGAUGCUGGGAGCCCUGACGGAGGUUCCUGUUCCCACAAGAUUUUUAUUCAUCUUGCUUGGACCCAAAGGCAAAGCCAAGUCGUACCACGAGAUCGGCAGAGCGAUCGCUACACUGAUGUCGGAUGAGGUCUUUCAUGACAUUGCAUAUAAGGCCAAGGACAGACAAGAUUUGCUGGCCGGUAUUGACGAGUUUCUGGAUGAGGUGAUUGUGCUUCCUCCUGGAGAAUGGGACCCAGCCAUCAGGAUAGAGCCUCCAAAAUCCCUCCCCUCCUCUGACAAAAGGAAAAACAUGUAUGCAGGAGGCGACUCUCAGAUGAACGGAGACAUGCCUCACGAUGGAGGUCAUGGAGGAGGACAUGCUGUGGGUGAAGAGCUCAGGAAGACGGGAAAGUUUUGUGGGGGUCUCAAACUUGACAUCAAGAGAAAAGCGCCUUUCUUUGUCAGUGACUUCACCGACGCGUUUCACAUUCAGGCCCUGUCGGCUAUUAUGUUUAUUUACCUGGGAACUGUAACGAACGCCAUCACCUUUGGUGGUCUGCUGGGAGAUGCUACGGAGAACAUGCAGGGUGUGCUGGAGAGUUUUCUGGGCACAGCCAUUGCUGGUGGCGUUUUCUGUCUGCUGGGUGGUCAGCCUCUCAUCAUCCUCAGCAGCACUGGCCCCGUUUUGGUGUUUGAACGGCUGCUUUUCAACUUCAGCAGAGAUAAUGAGUUUGACUACUUGGAGUUCCGCCUGUGGAUCGGCCUGUGGUCGGCUUUCUUCUGCCUGCUGCUCGUGGCGACUGAUGCCAGCUACUUGGUCCAGUACUUCACCCGCUUCACUGAGGAGGGCUUCUCCUGUCUCAUCAGCUUCAUCUUUAUCUAUGAUGCCUUCAAGAAGAUGAUCAAAUUAGCUCAUCAUUAUCCAAUCAACCCUGACUUCAGAAUGGAUUAUGUCACGCAGUACGACUGCCUCUGCAUGGCUCCUACUGUCUUGGAAAACAGCACAGACAUCAUUGGCGAUCCUUUAGAAGGCACUUCAGACUGGUUCUGGAACAACACAGAUCUGCCACCGAAUGCCACGUGGUCGUCCCUCUCCAGGACCGAGUGUUUGAAGUAUAAUGGAGAGCUGGUGGGCAAAGCCUGCGACUUUGUCCCAGACAUCACCCUCAUGUCCUUCAUAUUGUUCUUUGGCACUUACACCUGCUCCAUGUGUCUAAAAAAGUUCAAGACAAGCCCCUUUUUCCCCACCACUGUGCGAAAACUCAUCAGUGACUUUGCCAUCAUCUUGGCCAUUCUUAUCUUCUGUGGAGUUGAUAUGCUCGUAGGAGUUGAUACGCCUAAACUUCUUGUGCCAAGUGAAUUCAAACCAACAAGUCCAAACCGAGGCUGGUUUGUGGCCCCAUUUGGAGGAAACCCCUGGUGGGUUUAUCUGGCGUCUGCUCUUCCUGCCCUUCUGGUCACCAUCCUGCUCUUUAUGGACCAACAGAUUACUGCUGUGAUUGUCAACAGGAAGGAGCACAAGCUAAAGAAAGGGGCAGGUUACCAUCUGGAUCUGUUUUGGGUGGCUGUUCUGCUAGCAAUUUGCUCCUUCAUGGGUCUGCCGUGGUACGUGGCCGCCACCGUCAUCUCCAUCGCUCACAUCGACAGUUUGAAGAUGGAGACUGAAACAUCGGCUCCCGGAGAGCAGCCAAAGUUCCUGGGUGUGAGAGAGCAGAGGGUCACGGGUGUGUGCGUGUUCAUCCUCACAGGGCUGUCUGUGUUUAUGGCUCCAGUUUUAAAGUUCAUCCCCAUGCCUGUGCUGUAUGGAGUCUUCUUGUACAUGGGGGUCGCUUCUCUCAAUGGAGUGCAGUUCAUGGAUCGUCUUAAGCUGCUUCUAAUGCCAGCGAAGCACCAGCCGGACCUGGUUUACCUGCGACACGUUCCUCUCCGGAAGGUCCACCUCUUCACUUUUAUGCAAAUCCUUUGCUUGGCUCUGCUCUGGAUCCUCAAGUCCACCGUGGCUGCCAUCGUCUUCCCUGUCAUGAUCCUCGCUCUGGUCGCUGUCAGAAAGGGGAUGGAUUACCUGUUCUCUCAGCAUGACCUCAGUUUCCUGGAUGAUGUCAUCCCAGAGAAGGACAAGAAGAAGAAAGAGGAUGAUAAGAAGAAAAAGAAGAAACGUGGCAGCAUAGACAGCGACGCUGACGACGAGACAAGUCCUCAUCAUUCCUUGAACGACACACAUCGUGCUGAGCAGCUUCGCUUCUACCAGGCCAACUACUUGUCCAGUCCUGAGAUGAGUCCGCUGAAGUCUGUGCCUCAGAUUAGAAUAGACAUGGACCCAGACGAUGAUAACACUUUCUACUGGAAGAGCAGAGGAUCCGAAACAUCUCUGUAGAUCUCCACCAACCUGCAGCACAACUUUUCUUUUUACUGACCUUCGGUGAUUCUUUUAACUCCGAUCUCCUUCAUGACUUCAAGACUUUGUUGUGAAGAGCGGCACGCUUUAGAAGAAGCAUUACGCUGCACGCUAUAUGGUCUUUCCUCACCACGUUUCUCUCACAGCUCCACAGCUAGUCUUUGCUUACAAAGGUAACCCCUGAAUAUUCUUCUAUACAACUCCUCCUACGCAUCACCCACCGAGGCUGCAGCUCACUCUGACCACGCAUGGACCUGCUCUUUUUAUAUAAACAUAUACAAAUAUCAUCUGUCUGAGUUUUUAUAUAAACCGAAUUAUUCUAAUAACAUUUUCCUGUAGCAGGAAAAUCAUGUUUUUAUAGCUCUACCUCUUGUUUUAGAUUCAGUGCUUAUCAUGAAUGAUUGCAAUGUGUUGACUUUUGAUGGGGUUUUGAUAUUUUCUCUCUGUCCUCUUGUAGAAAUGAUUCACACAGAUUCACUCUAUGAUCAUAGCUUGUGAAGGAAAUACAGUAGAUAUUUAAGUAAAUUAAUAGCAGAUUAACAAUGCACAUUUGUAUGUGCAGAUGAGGAAAAUAUUUUUAUUCUCACUUUGUGAUGCAGUUUUACUUGCUUCAGUUUCUAGUUUUCUGAAUCUUUUACUCUUUUGCUUUUGUUACUCGUUUAAUUUAAAUCAUUUUCUUCUUUUGUUUUGCUUUAAAAAAAAAAGAUUUUAUUGUGUGUGUGUUUGUAACAUUUCUUAUUUUUUUUCUGUUCGAGUAGAAAACAAUCCAGCGACAUAAUCAUCCGAUUUUCCUCCGCCAAACUUAAACUCUAACUAGAAAUGCAUAUCAUAAUAAUUACUUUUGCUGCACAAAGUACUUUACCUAAGUGGCUUAUAAGAGAUUGAUUCUUAAAGUAACAAUGUGAAAAAGAGGAGACGGGAAUCAAAUCCAUGCGAGCUCAGUUCGGUUCACGGCAGGUUUUCUUUGUUUUUCUCAGCUGUUUUUGGAAUUAUCUGAUGAUGUGAAGACGUUUUUCAUAAGGAUGUGUUUGGGCUGUAAUACAACGGUCACAUGCCAUCUGUGCUUACAUUCAGAGACUUAUUGGUCGGUGUUAUGCAAUCCUAUCUUCUUCAAAUCCACACAAAGACCCGUGCGCACGUCAGCUGUCAAACAUGUCUUUGAAUCUCUGAUUGCUGGUCAGUGUUUGACUCAGUUUUCUUCACUUUAACUCAAAUUUCUAAUUAUCAGGCAAAGCAUUUUAAUUUUGGCCCCCAUAAUAAACUUGCUGAGCUUGUAGAGUGUGCACAGGGCAUGUGAGUGUUAUGUUUAACCCACACACAUCCUUUAAACAGUUGUUAAAACAUCAUGUCAGUGAGGCAGAAGAUGCACAAACUCCAUAUUUGCUCCAAUGUUUUUACUUCAGACGGUUUCCCACAGAAUGACCGCGUGCAUCUCUCUGACUGCUCGUCUGUUUUUGGCCAGUUAUUAAGGAUAAUUCAGGUUUAUGUGAACUUAUAUUACAUGAAUGUGGCUGCUGUGUGGGUCAUGCUAACUUUGAACUCUUCCCUUCUGUUGUAGUAAUCAGGCAGGAAACAGAAGUUGUAUUUAGAGAAAUACAAGCUCCAAAGGUUGUUUGAAAAAACAAAAUUGCAGCUGACCCAUUAUGCAUCAGCUGUAGGUUUCUUGGUAUAUACAAAGAAAAAUGUUCUUUUCUUCAGUGCAAAAACAUUUUACAAUUUCCCCCAAACUGCAGUAAGUAUCUCACUGAAACAACUGAAAGCAAAGUGCUCUGCUCCUGGUACAGGUAAUUAAGUAAAAAGAGUUGCUGUACACCCACUUUCACCUGACAUGCAUUUUACUUUAGCAGCUUUGUUAUAUAAUUUCCCAUCAAAAUAACUGGUGGGAAUUAUAAUAAUAACUCCAUCAGAUAGCAGGACAUACAGGUGGAUGUAGACCCUGUGCAUCUUUAACAUACUUAUUCCUGGAGAUUACAGAUUACCUUUGCAUGGUAAGAUAAAUAAUCCAUAUUUAUCUUACAGUAGUCAUUACUGUUUGAAACAAGUAGUUUUAGCCUCAGUUCUCCACAUCUGAAGAAAGUGACUGGAUGACUCUCAUAAGCAAAGAAAAACAACAACAACAGCACAAAAGAGCCGCUUUAAAUGUUGAACGACACACUCUUGCAGUUUGAUCUGAACAAUAGACACAAAAAGCUUUUACAUGCUGUUUUCUGUUUUUGUUUUGUCUCUGUGGUGAAGAUGGAGCUCAAAGUUGGCAUGACCCACAUUGAAAGGUUAAAAAUAACCCACGGUUAUCUUUUAACUCCAGUACAGCGAUCGACACCAUCUCCCCACUGAAUCUCUAAUGGGUGCACUGAAGCACUUUCUCACUUUUUUCAUUUUAAUUUGAAACCUCCGGGCCUCUGUACGGAUCGCCACGGUAGAGAUUUCAAAGACGUAGAUAAGAGUGACGACAUACUUAAUAUUCCACCUCAGUAUUUACAGCUGUCAGCAGCGGCGAGUGGAAACGAAUGUGAGUCAGCGCCCGGGACAUCUUCUGUGGGGAGUGGUUAGUUUAAAGUGUGAUUCUGUGUAAGUGUGUCGGACAAAAACCUACAACACGACGUGAAAAUCUUCUGUUAAUCCUAGUGUUCGGAAUACUGAUGCAAUUUUUUUUAUUAUUAUUAACAUUUUGUGACUUUAGAAUAGGUGAAAUUGUUUAUUUUAGAAUUUAUAUUUUUCAAAUGAAAUGUAUAUUGGAAAUAAAGAGAAUUAUCAAACAGCA